AUGGCGGAUGGAUCUCUUCUAUGCGUGGUAACGAAGGCAAAAAGCAACAAAGGUGGUGACGGUGUAUUCGUCGUUAUCAAAGAGAAUACAGAAAUAAUCAGCUUGAAAUAUCGAGUGGCGGAAAGGCUUAAAAUACCAAUGCAAUCUCUUUCACUGAAGUUCAUAUGCGAAAGGGAAAAGAAAUUCAGCAUUUCAAUUGACAAUGACGACGACUUAAAUUUGAUGUUCGAGUAUUGUCGGCGUAAUGGAUUUACAGACGCGAAUUUGACAAUACCGACAGAAAAUUCGCGGUGCGCAGAUACCCCGUUCACCCAAACCUGUAAUGAUGAGCGUAUUCCUAAUGACAACCCCACCGGCGACUCGAUCAUGCUGCUGGAAGACAUGCUUAAUCACCAAACAAAGAUCCCAACUGAGUGGCACACCUCCAUACGUGAAGUUGGUCAGAAAUUUGAUAGUGCUGCUGAAGUUAGAUUAGCACUUCAAUACUAUUCAAUUGCUAAACGGUUCGAGUAUGAUUUUUACCACAAUGAACAAAGACGCAUAAGAGUCUAUUGCCGAUUCAAACACACACAUGGUUGCCCUUGGAUGUUGUUUGCUUCCCCGCUCAGAAAUUCGUCUAUCAUGUCCAUAAAGAAUUUCGAGUCUACCCACACCUGCGGUCAACAUGGAGCAAAUGCUGGCAACUCAAGGGCAUCAAGGAAGUUCAUUGCUAGCCAAAUACAAGCUGUUUUGAAGGUUAGGCCAGAUCUUCGUGCGGUCGAUAUCAAGAACGACAUGCUCUCUAAUUUUGGCAUCAAGAUUAACUACAGUAAAGCGUGGUGGAGCAAGGAGACAGCUCAACAGGACCUGUUCGGUGACGAUGAUGAGGCUUACGAUUCACUGAGAUGGUCCUUAUCUUUUUUAUUCUUCUGA